AUGUCCAUUUUACUACUGCAACAUGUGGCAGGAACAUUCAAGACAAUCCCAGUGACUGCACAGACAACUGUUUCAGAUGUGAUAAGUGCUGCUUUAGAAAAAUUUGGAUUGAAGGGUGCCAAUGAACAUGACUUUUUCCUGACUGAAGUACACCUAACUCAAGGAGUCCAUGAACGAAGAAUGGAACACAUUGACUGUCCAUGGAAAUCCUUGAUGGAUACUAGAAAAAAGUCUGUAAGGAAAAUGAAACUCACACGAUUCUACUUGAGGCAAAACUUAGAACCCUUGGGAAGUGUAUGCAAUUCUGUUGGCAGUCUCCCAGUAGGCCUGGAACCAAGUAAAUGCAAAACCUUGAUUGGCGACAUUCUAGGAGAAACUAUGGAAUAUUGUGAGAUGAAAAGUGUGUUUCCAAGUUAUGGUGAGCUACUAGAUUCUAAAGUUCAGUGCAUGAAUCUAUUUACACAAGACUUAGUGUUAUUAAAGUUUAUAACCCCUCCAUUAAUUCUGGCGUGA